AUGACGGAGCCUCAGAGUAUUAUCACCCAAGUGAGUGCGUCACAGGACCCCGUGCCUGUGAUGCAUGAACAGAGCGAGGAUUUCCUCGACGAUGACUCUCUCAUCCAUCUCAACAUUCAGGAAAAUCAUUAUUUCAUCACACGGGACCAAUUAAUGUCGCUACCUGAGUCACUUUUACUGUGUCUCUUCCCAUCCGGUGUAUUCAUGGACCGGACAGGCGAGGUAAUCACGAAUUUGACGUCGCAGGACGAGGUCUAUAUCGGGAAUUUCCCCGCGGACUGCUUCGAGUAUAUCAUGGACACGUACGUGCGGGCGCAGGAGGAUUUGGUCAACUACCCGGUGGACACAGUGUUCGACCGUGGGCAAAGUUCGCAUAAGGAGCAAUCGCGAUUCUUCAGUUUCGCGGCACCUGCGCCCUCCACGGCCUCCAGCGAGGCGGAGAUCCUGCACGAGAAGCCCACCAUCAUCGUGCUGCGUGAGGAUCUCGACUACUACUGCGUGCCGCAGCCCGCGCUCGUGUUCCCUGCAGACGCAUCCGAGGAACUCAAGAAUGACCUGCUGAACGAGCUCAUGGUUCAGGUCAAGUUAGCUGCGGGCAGCUACUUAUCUUCGGAGCGGAGCGUGUUUCAAGGCCUGCGCAGCUCCAACCGUCUCAAGCGGCCCGCCAAGGGCCAGACCAAGGGCAAGCUGGGACCCGCUGAGCAGCACCUGAUGGACAUGCUGUGCUCGUCCGGAUUCCACGACACCUCGACCUGGGGGAACCGCGCGCAGGAGCCCGGCAAGACCGUGAUCAGCUCGUUGUCGCUGUGCAGGUUGGCCAACGAAACCACACAGGCAUUCCGCGAUAGAGUCGACGAAGCCAAGCACAAGUACGAGCAAGAGCUCAAGGCCCGCGCCUCCAUGGAGCCCCUCACACCUUCCAACUCCCAUCUGCACUUGUCGCCCACGCCUUCCCAGCAAAACGAGCCCAAACGCAAAUCUCGUCUGUCGGCCAUUGCCGACAACGUGCGGUCGCGCUCUGCGUCGCGCAACCGCUCCGCUUCGACUCAGCGCGAGCCCCAUUCUCCUACUCUCUACGAGCUCGUGCCGAAACCCAAUAUCAACGCCAAGCUGCUGUUAUUCUGGAAAAAGCCCGCACGCAAGUGCUGGUGGGGCGAGGAAGACGUGGAUCUUGACGUCGAGCUGCGCUGCAAUUACGAUUCCGCCUCGCAACAACUAACGCUCCACGCCUCGGGCGUGCCUUCGCAUGUCACCAUCCCAGUCAAGUUGCACAUUCGUCGCGUAUGGACGCUGGAACUAAGCGUGGUAGGCGUCGAGUAA